ACCAUCUUGCUGCGCCAACGGGAGACGCCGCACCGCAACCAUGUCUGACAGCCCCCGCCCGCGCUCGCGCUUCGACAAGACCGAGUCCGACCGCCCGCCGCGCUCGCGCUUCGAUCGCCGUUCGCGGUCGCGGUCUCCCUCCAGCAGGGAGCCGGACUCGCGUCGCACGCGCACGCGCAGCCCUGUUGCGCGCGAAGGCACAGACAGCCCCGCAGCCGCCGAGGCCAAAAAGGCAAAGGCUACGGACGCUGCUGCGAAGGCGGCGGCCGCGGCUGCGAGGAUCAACGCGCAGAUUCAAGCGAAGAAGGGCAUCCAGCAUGUCGACGUGCCCCCGAUUCGCGCUGCACCUAGUCCUCCAGUCGUUCGGUCGCCGGCCGUCAAUGCAGAACGCAACACCUCCGGCGAGAUCUUCCAGCAAGAUGGCGACUACAUCAAGGACAUAGAAAUCAAUGAUCUGAAGAACCGAUACACACUGACCAAAGGAGCUGUGCAGAAAAGGAUCAAAGACGAGACAGGCGCCGAUGUCACUACUCGAGGCGAAUACUAUCCGGACAAGGCCAUGGCCACUGCUGCUAACCCGCCGUUGUACCUGCGCGUCACCAGCACCUCCAAGGAAGGCCUUGAGGCCGCUGUGCAGCAGAUUCAAGACCUGAUGAAUCAGGAGCUACCCGACCUGGUUGAUCAACGUAGAUUCCGCCGUCGCGAGCCCGAACAGUUUGAGCGUGACGAGUUCGGAAGGCGUAAAUGGCCCGAAGAGAAGCUCCCUGUCGACCUGGAACCCAUUACCGGCUUUAAUCUACGCGCGCAAGUGGUAGGUCGCGGCGGUGACAACGUCAAGUACAUCCAGCAAGAAACCGGCUGUAAGGUCCAGAUCAAAGGCCGUGGCUCAGGUUUUAUGGAGCAGCAGACUGGCGCCGAAAGCGAUGAGCCCAUGUUCCUUCACAUUGCUGGACCGAAGCCCGAGGGCGUAGAGAAAGCGAAGGAGCUGUGCGAGGAGCUUCUUAACAAAGUGAGGAGCGACUAUCAGUCUUUCAAGGAGAACGCAUCACAGGGUCGGUUUGGUGGUGGCGACCGCUACGGCGGAGGAGGAGGACGUCCAGGUUACGGCGACCGUGGUGAUCGCGAUCGCAGUCAGAGCUAUGGGCAUGGUGGCACCUACAGUGGCUAUGGCGGUCACAAUGGCCACUCUGACCUUCAUUCUCCAGUCGGCGGAGACAGCGCGACCAACCAGGCUGCCCAGAACUACAACGAACAAUGGGCCGCAUACUACGCUGCGCAAGGGCAGCAGGGACAGACAGGACAGCAGGCCGAGGACCCAUAUGCAGCUUAUGGUGGAUACGAGGCCUACAUGCAGAUGUACUACGCGUACUACCAGCAGCAGCAAGCUCAAGCUGGGACCCACCAGUCACCUCCCCCGGGUACUGCAGCUGCUCCCCCGCCCCCGCCCGGGGAGCCUGCGCCCCCCGGUGCCGCUCCGCCGCCUCCUCCUCCAUCUGGUUCGCCUCCUUCAGGCUACGGCGCGGUUCCGCCGCCUCCUGGUUUGUAAGUAUGAGGGUUGGGGAUUCUUCACGCUGUAGUGCCUCUUCCACUACCGCCCUGAUUAGGGCGGUAUGCUAUGAUUUUGUGUCCUUCAUGUCAAUUCAAUGCCAGGACAUACCACCGCUGUUGUGCUUCGGCAUACGGUCUCGCCAGCCUCCGCCCAUAUCUUUGACGGGAACUGUUAGCCCAGCUUUGAAUCGAUC